AUGGAUUUACCAGCGAACUACGAAAAACAUGUCAUUGUUUGCCAAUUGUGUGAUAAAGUGCUUGUGAAACCGAAGACGCUCCAGUGCAUGCACUCAUUUUGUUCAACAUGCCUCCUGGCCUUCUUCAAGAGUAUUCCAGCGGACGAACAGACAUAUUGUUUCUUCCAUUGUCCGUCUUGUCGGACUACGACGAAACUUCCAGUUUCAGAUAUUCCGGUUGACUCUUGGCUACCACUGAUUCCAAACAGCAUUCUGCUGAUGACACUCAUAGAACGUGUUUCUCUAGCGGAGGUAAAAAACUGCGUUCCUUGUGCGCGAGGAGAUGCUGUCACGACCGCAUUGUCAUGGUGUUACGAUUGUGGUGAAGCUCUGUGUGAACAAUGUGUCAUCUAUCAUCAACGAAUGAAAGUGUUGAUGGACCAUACUGUUCUUAAUUUAGAUGACAUCAGGAACAAACCGUCAAAGAUGGCGGAGACUGGAGAGCUUUGCCAGACCCACGCUGGGAAAAUUGUGGAGGCUUUCUGCCAGGACCAUGACUGCCUGUGUUGUUUGGAUUGCGUCACACACGAGCACAAGAAAUGUCCGAAGGUUAGGUCGCUGGGUGAGAUCUCCGCGGGAAUCAGAGACAGUGGCGUCAUCAAGGCAGUGGCUGAUCAAUUAAAAUGGGUGGAAAAUCAUGCUCUUGCAGUCAUCAACAGUCGGUCAAGCACAGUUGAAGAACUUGAUCGUAAAAGGGAGACCAUUUUAUCAGACGUCGCAUCUUUACGAGAUGAAAUCGAAUCACUUCUUCAACAGAUGGAAACAAAACUGAAUGAAGAAUUAUCAAAAAUGCACGGAGCAGUUGUUGAAAAGCUAAACCUCCAAAGCAAGGACUUUGAAUAUGUAUACAAAGCAGCCGACAACGGGAAGAAAGUUCUUGCUGUAUCUAAAGCUAUGGGCACGGAUAGUGAGGUUUAUGUCUCCACACAAAAACUCCGGAAAAGAUGCGAAGAGCAUGAGGAGUUCGUGAAAUCCGAGAGCAGCAAGGUUUUUAACUACAACUAUGAAUUUGUGGUUAAUGACGUCAUCAAUGAGUUCACUAAAAACGUUCUCUCUAUCGGAAGAAUAAACAUCCUGAGAGCACCAAAUAACAUACUUCCGGCUUAUAUGAAAGACAUGCGCAUUGACAAGAUUUUAGAAAUAAACGGGAAGUGUCCAAUGGACUCAAACCACUGUUGGUUUACUGGAGGACUGUUUACAUCUACAGGGUUUCUCGUCUUGGCAGACUACAGAAACCGAAAAAUAAAAUGUUUCAAUGAAUCCGGUAGCAUGGUGUCAUCACUGGAGCUUCGUAGUCAGCCUUGGGAUAUUUGUGAGCUUCAAAGUGGAGAAUUAGCAGUUACCGUCCCAGAGGAGUCUACCAUCAAUCUUUUGACGUUGAAUCAUGAAGGAGAUGUUGCUUUCAGUGGUCAAACGAUGGAGGUAGGAACAGGAUGUCACGGUAUUCAACUAGUGGAAGAAACAUUAUUGACUGCAUGUUCUAACGAAAUACGCGUGCUUGACACGUGUGGAAAGGUACAGAGCACUCAUCCGUUGGGGGAACGUGGUACGAGAUAUGUUGUGACUGACUGCAAAAACAUCAUUUUUACAGACAAAGUCGGUACAACAUCAAGAAGCUUGUCCGGAACAAACGUUUUCAAGUAUCGGGACCCCGAUUUACGCUCUCCGCGUGGAAUUGCACGCGAUCACGAGAACAAUUUGUAUGUAUGUGGGAUGGAUUCAAAUAAUGUCCACCAACUCACAAAGGACGGUAAACUCAACAAGGUACUAUUGAGUGCCAAAGACGGCAUAAGGAACCCUUACGCUAUUGGAUUUCAGCGAGAGACGACUAAACUUUUCCUGACACAGAUGGACUGUGACGUUGUUCUCCUGUACAACCUGGUGACAAGGUGGUAA